GCCGAACUUAGGAGAGAUGAUAAUGGAAGUUGGGGAAAACCUGCUGGAAAUUCAAGGUAUUAUAAAAUUGAUCCGGAUACUGGUGAUGCAGUGAGAGUUGAUCGUUGUUGCAAGCUAAUAGAAGGUGCCGAAUACGAUGUACAGAUUCUCUCCAAACGGUACGAACACCCAUUGGUCAAUGGAAGGUUUGUGCGGAAGAUUUACACUGGUAGGAGUCCAAUGAAUUCUCUCAGGAUGUAUGAACCUUGUAUGACAUUAGCUGUUCUCACUUACUACUGGAAAGGGGAGCCUGAGUACUUCGAGGUUGGACCGCAGAGAAGGGUAAGGAUCGCUGAUGCUGCUGAAAGAUCACGUCUGGAAGUACAGUACCCUCUGCAGUCUAGUCAGCCAUGCUUUACAGAUCGCACAAGGGCACCAUCUCCUCCCACGAAGCGCACACUAACGUUAGAGUCGACGAAGAAGAAUCCGGAAGCGGCAUUCAGUCAGUUAUGUAUAGAACUGAGUACGAGCUGCAGGUUUUGGGUAGGUGGAGCAUCUCAUGAUGACGAUACGAUUGCUCACGAAGAAGAAAUAAUCAUAGAAGACGGGAAUUUCAAUGAAGAUUAUCCAAAUAUCUCGUGA